CAGCAUAUUUACUAUCACGAGUCAAGGUUGUUUUGGAGUAAAAAUCUCAAACCUUGUGAUCCCUUUCAUUAAUACUACGAAGCGGUGAAAAGGUUACAGCGGUACAGAUCCUAAAGCACAUUUAAAUCACCAUGGUUGAUAGCGUUUACCGUACACGUUCCUUGGGAAUCGGUGUCUCUGGCAUUCCAGAUCAGUACGCAGAUGGAAAAGCCGCAAAAGUCUGGCAGCACUACAUCGGUGGACACAAGAAACGAACAGAGUCAUAUAGAGAAUUCUUCUGCAAUCUUUUGAAUGACAACGGUGUAAAACACAUUCUCGAUGUCGCUUGUGGAACAGGGUGAGAAAACGACCCUCAAUUUAUUGCUCAAAUUUGACAAUGAACACGUCACGAAAUCGAUACUCAUCUACAAAAAUGGUGUCUUUGAUAAUUGUGUGCUCUUGAAGAUGCACAUUUUUACAUUUUUAUUGGCUUUUAUAAAUCAGCAAAUAGUACACAAAGUGAUCUGCUGUGGUGAAACGUUUGCGCAUUAUUUGACUCUGUCUUCGAAACCUACUUCGUGGAUCAUUGUAAGUUGUGCCUUGAGGAUUUCAUUAUCAUAUGACACGUCAAUCUCGUUAGGAAGCCGGUUCGCCAAGAUAUUGUCAGGUUUUUUUCUUGUCUAGGAACGGUUGGGACGUGACUAAACUCUUUGUUUUGACGUACAUAUCUACGAGGCAAUCAUAAGCUAAGCUGAUUCUCAAAGAUCGUAUUCCCUCUUUCCACAGCUGAAGUUUACUGUGCUCUUUCUUUGUCCACGUAAUCACUCAUGGAGACGUUAGCGUAAAUUUUACACCUUAAGAUCAGUAUGCAUAUUCAUAUUCUCUCACCAUAGUUUAUUGGUGAUCAUUUCCUUUAUUCUCGUGAAUUUAAGGUGUGAUUCAGAGGUGAUAGGAGAAAUUAGGUGCUAGUAACUCUUGGGGGGUUAAAUAACUGAAUAGCAUCAUCUUUGUUACCAGAGGUUGCACCGCUUUCAAAUUUAUCUCACUAAAUUUUGCUUACUACACAAACUCUUUUUUAAGUCUUCUGUUGGUCCUAAUAUUUAUUUACAGAUAAGACACUCCGCACACACUUGAGGUCAUGCUACUAAAAACUCAGGGAACUGCAGGAUGCAUGCAGUUGUCAUUUAUCAGAAAAAGGUUGCCCUUCCUUCACCUUUCUAGCUGUAGAGCUUGAUAAAAAAGGAAGGAUUCCGCAGUGUUGAGGUAAUGUUACUCGAGUUAAUCUGACCACUGCUGUGCCUAUGCACUACAAUCAAAAUUUACUUCCUGUUUGUGUGAGUGUUGGAGAAGAAGUGAGAGAGAUUGUACACCACAAAUCCCUUGAGGCUUUUGCUGGGAUUGUAAAAGUAACGAGCAAGUAACAUUGCUGGCAAUCAGAUACUUAGAUGGGAAGUGAAAAUUAAUUUCUGAGCUGACAGUCACUUUAUCAAGUACCUUAUAAUUGUGUAAAGGGUAUCUGAAGGAAAAGCUAUUGGAAUUCUUACUUAGCAUGUUCUUUGUGAUCUUUGUAAACACAUCCAUUACCAAGGAUCAGUAGCUGGCAAUUAGGUUAUCACUCUUAUUAGGGCCAUAAAUGUUUGUUCAUGUGCAUUGAGAAGUCCAUGGGUACAUUGUUAUUUUUUCUUGUUGCAUGAAGUAAUGCACCAGAGCAUCUUUAUUUCUCUUAGAGUGGACUCCAUUAUGCUGCUUGAAAACAACUUUAAAGUGACAAGCACAGAUGCCAGUGAUAAAAUGUUGAAACAAGCAUGGAAGAUAAGGUGGCAGCGUCGAAAGGAAGAAGCCUUUGAUGAGUGGGGUAAGGAAUAAUCAGUGACCAAAAUGGUACACAAGCAUUUGUGCACCAAUGGUCUCUUAAAUUAUUUAAAAUUUCUUGUCAUUUAAUUUCAGAAAUUGAAGAAGGCAACUGGCUUUCUUUAAAAGAUGCCAACAUUGAUGUCCCUCCACAAGGGUUUGAUGCAGUCAUCUGUCUUGGCAAUUCAUUUGCUCACUUGCCAGACUUCCAAGGAGACUUAACCAAUCAGAAGCUGGCAAUUCAAAACUUCCAAGAUAUGUUAAAGCCUGGCGGGGUCUUGUUCAUCGAUCACCGUAAUUAUGAUGCUAUUCUUGAUACAGGCAAAGCCCCUCAGCGAAACUUGUAUUACAAUGUAAGUUACUAAAUUCAAAAUGUACAGUAGUUUUUUUUUCUCAUUAUUUAGCAUUUCCAGCCAAUAAGGUCACACCUUUAACUCAGAUAAUUUGAGCCAAUGAAGUCUAUUUAACUAUCAUAUAUUGAGCAUUUGUUGAAGCUUUCUCAAACCCUAAGCCUCACAGCUCUAAUAACAAGAAGAUGUCACAGGUAAUUCUCCCACCUGAUAACAAAUAUAAUUUGUUUCCCUUUUGGUUACUCAGGAAUUUGGUAAUUUAUCCAUUUAUUUUAUCCUCUAAGUGCAUAAUUUUGUUUGAGAGUGUAUUAAGAAAGGCUUUAUGGAUAUUUAUGGUGCACAACCAAAUUACAGCCCCAAGCCUUCCUUUCAAGGUGUGGAGUGGUAAAUUUUAACUCUCGUGUAAAGAUAUAAAAAAGUGGUAAUUUUAGUGUAGAUUUUAGUGCAAAUGAGGCUCUGGGGUUAAUUUUCAGGAAGUGACAUCCUCGCACACAAGAGCUAUUGUGGAGAGAAUUCUAAUACAGAUCAUUCCAGGCAGUUGAAAGUAUUUAUGUGUUAAACUUAACUCAAGCUCAAACCUAACUACUUUAAUUUUAUUGACAGAGUGACUGUAUUGAGAGUAUCAAGACUUCAGUCCUAUUUGUGGAUGGCAAAGAGAGUAUGAUAACAUUGGACUACACCGUUGACCCUUCAAAGGCUUCAGAUGAUUUUACAGAAGAGGGAGAAGAACCAGCAGUGAAGAAAAGGAAAUCAACUGAAGGAGAUGUCAGGUAUCUUCACAGACAGUUGAUUUCAAGUCAUUUGACGUUAAAGUGGAAAUACAGUGGUGAUAAAGUUGUAGGGAUCUAUUACUUAUUUAUCACCCCACUGACUUUGUUGGCAAGGCAAUAGAGGUCUUACAUGCCCAACUAAUCAUUUGUUAUCUUCAGUAUGGUUUCAUAAUGCCUUGGUCCAAUAUGAAACAGCCAGACUGUUACACUUAUCUAAUAUUUGUCCUAGAUUUUCUAUAUAAUAAAACCCCACACUCAGGGACCACAAAAUUCAAGUUUUGGCAUUUAUUUGCUAAAUCCUUUUCAGGCUUCUGUUAUAGUGAAUUCUCAUCCUUUUUCAAUCUCUCAUUCAAGUAUGAUUUGCAAAAGUGAACUGGGAUAUUUCCAACAUAACAUUUUAUUUAAAUAUGGCAGAAUUAGAGGUCUUUUUCUAAUCACACCAAAUAGAUUUGGGAUUUCCAUUCUUGUCCUUCAGUUUUCAUCACACUCAAUUUUUCAUUUUUUCUAUUCUGUAACUACAGCAAGUUCCGUCUUUCCUACUGCCCCUUGCGCCUGAGCACAUUUACCAACCUCCUGAAAAGCGUCUUUGGUGAAGCCACAAGACAUGAAGUGUUUGGCGACUUUGAACCUCUUGGACAAGUUGAAUGCCCAGCAUAUUAUGUUCACAUGAUUUGGAAACAGGCCAGUGAAGAUGUGAAUGGUGCGGAAGAUCACUAAACUUUUGGCAAUCUUGUAGCAUCAAAGAGAAUCCUUGAUUUUGAUAUCGACAGUUAAUAGAUCAGAAUUAACUUUAAAUUGUAUUUAGUAGUUAUGUCUGUGUCCAUUGUCACUCCUGAUAAGUGGGAGGUGCACAUUUUUGUUUUUCUUGUAAAAAUUACUGUAACAGUAUACUACAGUUAAUAUGUAGUCAUUGAUAGAGUUGUUAACUCUUCAACUCCCAAGAUCUGAUUGUUAAUUCUCCACUCCAGCUGCUACACAUUUCCUUAUAAAUUAGUUAUGAGAACUGGGUGCUAGGUCAAGAUAGCAGCUUCCACCUGAUAAGUUAGGAUAUUCUCAUUACCUGUUUGUUGAAUAACAUGGGAUAUUACAGGGAGAAGUUUCGUGUUAAUAACUUCUGGUAAUCAGAGUCAAAAUGAUACAAAGCACACAGAAAGGGCCUAGCAAACAACAGUGCCUGCAUUUGUCAUUUUUUCCAAACCUUUGCAUGAAGUGGCCUUUAUUCCCCAGAGAUGAAGCCAGUUGCCAGUUCUUUUGACAAGUGUGCAAGCCUCACUAGGAUUUCUGUAGCCAGUGAAAACACCUCAGCAACAUUUUGUACAAAGUGAGACACAGAGUGAAGCAAUUGAUAUUCUCAAAAUAAGAGUUGCAACUAGAGGGCACCCUUGCCAACUAAACUAAAUAUAAUAGCUAGAAUGAAUUUUCUUUUCGUUUUUUAAUGUAAAGGAUUCCUGUGCAUGUAAAACUAUCUUAAACAAUGGCUUGUCAUUAUCUCCUUUAGUUGAGUUAAUGAUUUAACCCACAGUACUGGGGUUCCAAACACUCUCUUUAGAGGUAAAAAAAAUUCUGUGAAAAGUGUAUCAUGAAAAAAAUUUAAAAUCUAUGCAAUAAAUUGUUGCGGUUUCCUUUUAUGACAUUUAACAUUUUAUGCACCUAGUUUCACAACACGUGACAUCGAGACCUUCAACCUCUGUCUCUAUCUUCCUGAAUCUCCUAGUGUCAAGUCUCUUUUUCUUCACCUGCACUGCAAAAAAUUCUACUUGAUAUAAGUAUAGGGGAUUGUUUAGCAUCUUAAACCAUGAAAGCUUUCC